CAUGUAACCUGAUGUCUGUGUUUUCCAGUCUUGAUCCAGACCUGCAUCAGUCUCCUUGCAUCGACCAUCAUGGCGGUGAACGGCUCAGCAGACAUUUUGGGCUUUGCCUACCUCGCAGUGGAGUAUGUAGAUGCAGCGCUUCCAGACAACCCCUUCCAGCCGUCACUGAAACAAGCCUGGGGCUACAUGCUGGACAACUACACCAAGUUUCAGAUCGCCACCUGGGGAUCUCUCAUCAUACAUGAGUUGGUCUACUUCCUCCUCUGCCUGCCUGGUUUCAUCUUCCAGUUCCUGCCUUUUAUGCAGAAAUACAAGAUCCAAAAGGACAAACCAGAAACCUGGGAGAAGCAGUGGAGAUGUUUCAAGAUGCUGUUGUUCAAUCAUUUCUGCAUCCAGCUUCCGAUGAUCAGCGGGACCUACUACUUUACUGAAUACUUCAACAUCCCCUACGACUGGGACUCAAUACCACGCUGGCCCUACGUCCUGGCUCAGUGCUUGGGCUGUGCAGUUAUUGAAGACACCUGGCACUACUUUCUCCAUCGUCUGCUGCACCACCGCAAUAUCUAUAAAUACAUCCACAAAGUCCACCACGAAUUCACUGCUCCGUUCGGAAUGGAGGCGGAGUACGCCCACCCUGCAGAGACCAUCAUCGUCGGAGCUGGGUUCUUCAUUGGCAUCAUGAUCUUCUGUAACCAUAUGUUCUUCCUCUGGGCCUGGGUGUCCUUCCGCCUGCUGGAGAUCGUCGAUGUUCACAGUGGCUAUGACAUCCCUCUGAACCCACUCCACCUCAUCCCGUUCCACGCCGGUACCCGUUUCCAUGACUUCCACCACAUGAACUUUGUUGGUAACUAUGCCUCCACCUUCACCUGGUGGGACAAGCUGUUUAAGACGGACAGCCAGUACAACACGUACAUGCAGAAGCUGGGAGACAAGAAGGAGCAGUAAACCACUCACACAUCUAGUUUAUCAGAAGGACUGAGGCAGUGGGUCAAGCAGACAGAGAUUGAAUGCAUCAGCCCUGG